AUGUCCCUCCAAACCCCGCUGUGCGCCCUCCUCAACAUCCAACACCCCAUCCUUCUCGCAGGGAUGGCGCGGGCCUCCAGCGCGCCGCUGGCGGCCGCCGUCUCCAACGCAGGGGGACUAGGCACCGUCGGGGGGCUGGGCUACACGCCAUCGCAGCUCUCGGAGAUCCUGACCGAGUUAAAGUCCCAGCUGCGGGACCCGUCGCUGCCGUUCGGGGUGGACCUGGCGCUGCCGCAGGUGGGCGGCGGGGCGCGCGCCACGAACCACGACUACACGCACGGGCAGCUGGACCAGCUGAUCGAGGUGGUGAUCGCGCAGGGGGCGAAGCUGUUCGUGUCGGCGGUGGGCGUGCCGCCGGCGCACGUCAUCACGCGACUGCACGACGCCGGCAUCCUGGUGAUGAACAUGGUUGGGGCGCCCAAGCACGCCGAAAAGGCGCUGGCGCGGGGCGUGGAUAUCGUGUGCGCCCAGGGCGGCGAGGGCGGCGGGCAUACGGGCGACAUCCCCUUCUCGGUGCUCAUCCCGGCUGUUGUGGAUGUCGCGCAGCGGUACCGGAGUCGGCUGACGGGCCAGCCGCCCCUCGUGGUCGCGGCGGGUGGCGUGAACGAUGGCCGCAGUCUGGCGGCGGCGUUGAUGCUGGGGGCCGCGGGCGUUUGGGUCGGGACGCGCUUCGUGGCGUCCGAAGAGAGCGGGGCCAGUCGGCUGCAUAAGGAGGCCGUCGUGGGCGCCACCUAUGGGGAUACCAUGCGGACCCUCGUCGUGUCGGGGCGGCCGCUGCGGGUUUUGCCGAAUGAAUACGUCAAGGACUGGGAGAGGCGGCCGGAGGAGAUUGCUCGCUUGACGGCCCAGGGCAUUGUCCCCAUGGAGUAUGACCUCAAGAACGAUAAGGAUGUCGACUUACCGUUCCUGAUGGGUGAUGUUUCAGCGAAUGUGGCCAGUAUCAAGCCGGCGGCUGAGAUUGUAAAGGAGAUGGUCCAGCAAGCUGUCGAGAUGCUGAAGAAGGGGAGCUCCUACAUACAAGGCCCGGCCAGUAGACUAUGAGGCUUCGGGUAGAAUUCUCCGUGGUAGUUGGCAUGACAUAAC